CAGGGAGCGAGCCUGCAUCUUCAGGGUCGCUGGUGCGCCCCUGAGUGGGCGGCGGCCGCAGACGCCUCUCCCGAGAGCUCAGGACCUGCCAGCGCUGGCGAUUCCUCACGGGCAGGCGCUUGCCCUCUCUUUUAUGGAGCUUGGGCCCUUGCCCCAGCCUGGUAGAGGCUGUGGAGGUGUACCGUCGGAAAGCCUGGUUUCCAGGCCCCUGGCCCAUCCCUGGCUGCAGGGAGUGGCAGCUCCCACGAGGUAGCGGUGGCCUGCAGCGGUGGCCCCUCUUGGCAGUGAACCAUGGGCCAGAAGCUCUCGGGGAGCCUCAAGUCAGUGGAGGUUCGAGAGCCGGCACUGCGGCCGGCCAAGCGGGAGCUGCGGGGAGAGGAGACCGGGAGGCCAGCGCGGCUGGACCAGCUGCUGGACAUGCCGGCGGCGGGGCUGGCUGUGCAGCUGCGGCAUGCGUGGAACCCCGAGGACCGCUCACUCAAUGUCUUCGUCAAGGAUGAUGACCGGCUCACGUUCCACCGGCAUCCAGUGGCUCAGAGCACUGAUGGCAUCCGCGGCAAGGUGGGCCACACGCGCGGCCUGCAUGCCUGGCAGAUCCACUGGCCGGCUCGGCAGCGGGGCACCCAUGCCGUAGUGGGUGUGGCCACGGCUCGGGCACCCCUGCACUCAGUGGGCUACACGGCGCUGGUGGGCAGUGACGCUGAGUCGUGGGGCUGGGACCUGGGCCGCAGUCGCCUCUACCACGACGGCAAGAAUCGGCCCGGAGUGGCCUACCCGGCCUUCCUGGGGCCCGAGGAGGCCUUUGCACUGCCGGACUCGCUGCUCGUAGUGCUGGAUAUGGACGAGGGCACGCUCAGCUUCGUCGUGGAUGGCCAGUACCUGGGCGUGGCCUUCCGUGGUCUCAAGGGCAAGAAACUGUACCCGGUAGUGAGUGCCGUGUGGGGCCACUGUGAAGUCACCAUGCGCUACAUCAAUGGCCUUGACCCUGAGCCCCUGCCCCUGAUGGACCUGUGCCGGAGAUCGAUCCGCCUGGCCCUGGGCCGCCAACGCCUGCAGGACAUCAGCUCGCUGCCCCUGCCUCAGUCUCUCAAAAACUAUCUGCAGUACCAGUGAGCUGGGUUGGGGGUGCUGAAGGGCUGCAGUGGGCACCCUCACUGGCCCAGCCUUUCAUUUUACCGUCACACAGAGUACAUUCAGGAAGGAGUCUUCCUCCUUACUGCGUUUCCCCAGAACUUUCAGUUUUUUGAAAGGCAAGGACAUGUUCCCAACUUUAAAAAUGAAUGUCUGUUGCCAACAGUAUUUGCUGCCUUCAAAGCAGCUCUCCCACAUUAGACACCUCCUUGGAAGCUACGAGGAGCCUGGAGUCUGCUCCCAGAAGACGUCCUGCCUGCCCACCAGGACACAGCAGCCACCGGUAUUGAUCAGAGAGCCUGUUUCUAUAUUCGAGAGAAUGAAUAAAACACUGGGGCAGGAGACUUCCUGUUGUGUGCCUGGUGCAGACAGGGCCAGGGAGAACUGGCCAGCUCCAGGAGAAAAUUGCCUCUGAAUAAUGAAUGAUGACAGCAGCUUGAUGCCGUGCCCCUUUGGGCCCCCACCCCUUGCCAGGGCAGUGGGAUUGUCACGACACUUUAGGACUCUGUGCCCCUUUAAAAGACGAUUCCCCAGGGAUGCCCGAGGAGACAAGAACUGGCAAGUGGACAGAGCAGUGUUUAAACACCUUCCAGCUUACCUCUCUGAAAGUCGUUUACUUAUCCCUCUAACGUGCCCUUCUUCCCCACCCCUGCCCACCUCCUUCCCCACCCCUGCGCACCGUCUCUGUUUGCCCCAGGCACCUCUAUUCAGGGAAGCUGAGUCUGACUAAUCACCCCAGGGACAGAGUGUUUCCUUCAUUAUGAUUUUAAGUAGUGUUGCAUUUUAAAAGAGGAGUAUGGUGAGUGAGGGCAGUACUUAGUCCAGAGGUGCUAAUGGGGGGGCGGGGGGGGGGGUCAUGUGACACCCAAGUGGAUGAUGUCCUUGGCCUGGGCAGCCUUCUUGGGGUCUCUAGGCAACUGUCCACUCAGGAUGCAGCCUGGUUGCCACAAAGCUUUAUUUGAGUGAAUUAUUUUUUCACUUUACUGGGCGAGUUUGUUUCUGUUUCAAAUGUGUGUGUGAUAUGCUGUUUACUUAUCAGCUUGGGACCCCCGAGGGGCAGCCUUGUAACUGGAAGGGUGGAUGUGGGAGGCGCCUUCUCCGCCCACUCCGAGCCUGGGCCUGCCAUGCUGCUGCUGCCACCACCACCUCUGUUGGGCAUCUCUCACGUGUUUCCAAUGCUCUCUGCCCAGACUCAUUUUUAACUGGAAAUUGUCACAGCAGUGGAAUCCCAGAGCCCCAGACGGCACUGCCUCCCCCCACUUUAAUGUGAAUUUGACUGAUGAAUGAGGAGCGUUUCUAAUAAAGUUUGUCG